CUUGACCUUGAACUCCCAUCUUCUGUUCUCAACAGACGGCCGCGGCAAGUCGUUGCUGACGUACUCAAGGUACUUAUGUCCUCUCAUCACGCCGGCAACACUGAUACUUGAUCUUCAGUCUCCUUCGAGACGCAAGAGAGUCGGACGACCAACGGACGACUAUUACAGAGAAUCUGAGAAAUAGACGACGAGCGUUUCCUCUGACGGCAGGGCGGCUCGGCGCGAUCAAUCGCCACGUGGAUAUGGUCUUGGCAGCGCAGCGGGCGCCUGUGAAGUCGCACGGACUCCGUCUGCGCGUAAGCUUUCUCAUCGGCAACGUCGCCCUCUCCACGAUCGCACGGCGACUACAUCUGCACCAAUGAAGCGGUCCUACCCUCAAGACGACCCCUACGCACCGAUGGCGACGACCAGCGCCGCGGCACCUUCGCGGCAAGCUGUCAGCUCUCGUGCGUACCCUACGAAUCGCACCUCGUCGCCGCCAGCAUCUACGUACUUCACGCCUUACGACGGGACACACCAUGGAGAGCCACAGCCUACCACAGCCGACGCGGGUGCUCACUUCGCCUACAGCACGACACUGCGAAGACACCGUCCAGAGGGUCCCAUGGGCCUGGCGACACCGAACAGUGGGACUGGAUUUCCCAAGCUCGAGGAAUUGCGUACGGUCGUCGAGAUGGAGGGUCCAUCGGGGCUCUGGCAGCAGACAGCAGGAGUGGUGAAGGGAUGGUUCUCGAAGGACGAGGGAUACGAGAAACUGGCUACACCGUCGAACUCGGACCACCGGGAGACACCGUCUGCUAUCUUUGCUCACCGGUCGGUGGAGGAUACUGUUGCACGCUUUGGAGUCUCGCCGUCAAGUGGACUUCCGUCCGCGAGUGUAGCCGGGCUACUGGAGAGGCAUGGAUACAACGAGUUUUCGGUAUCUGCGCCGGAGCCGCUGCUCAUCAAAUUCGCGAAAACGAUAUAUGAGAACCCGCUGAUCAUCCUCUUGUGCGGCAGCGCGACAGUGAGCGCAAUCAUGGGCAACCUGGACGACGCUAUGAGUAUCACCAUCGCAGUGCUCAUAGUGCUCACUGUCGGCUUUGUCCAAGAACAGCGGUCAGAGAAGAGUCUCGAGGCUCUAAACAAACUUGUCCCGCACCACUGUCACUUAAUGCGUGACGGCCAGCAACUACACGUCCUCGCCAACGAGCUCGUCCCCGGAGACAUAGUGACAUUCACGACAGGCGACCGGAUUCCCGCAGACUUGCGUCUGGUCACCGCAUCUGACCUGGAGAUUGACGAGAGCAGCCUGACUGGCGAGACUACUGCCCGGAAGAAGGACACCGAGCCAUGUCAGUCGGUAGCGGGCUACGGUCCUGCGGCGGUAGCAGAGCGGAACUGCAUCGCGUACAUGGGCACGCUGGUCAGGAACGGUCGGGGCAGCGGCGUCGUAGUCGCCACUGGGACUCAGACCGAGUUCGGAGUCAUCUUCUCGAUGAUGCAGGAGGUAGAGGAGAAGCGCACGCCGCUGCAGCUGAGCAUGGACGAGCUCGCGAAGAAGCUGUCCUUCAUCUCGUUCGGUGUCAUUGGCGUCAUCGUCAUCAUAGGGGUGCUGCAGCAACGGUCGUGGUUAGACAUGUUUACCAUUGGAGUGUCCCUCGCGGUCGCGGCUAUUCCUGAAGGGCUGCCCAUCGUCACGACGGUCACACUUGCGUUGGGCGUCGUGCGUAUGUCGAAGCGCAAGGCUAUAGUCAAGAAGCUGCACUCCGUUGAGGGUCUUGGCAGUGUUUCUGUGAUCUGCUCUGACAAGACAGGAACGCUAACACGGAACGAGCAAACGGUCAUGGAGAUCUACGCGGUCGACGAAGUGGUGCACGGCGACGCAUCUGGUCCUGUUCCUCCUCCGCACCACGUAUCACCUGCCAUCAGGAAGACACUGACUGCUGGAGGCCUCUGCAACGAUGCGAUCAUGAAGGAGGAUGGUACUUACGUAGGGCAUUCUACGGAUGUGGCACUGCAGAGCGUACUGUCCGUCUUCGGUAUGCCCGACCCACGACAGGGCUUCACACGUCGCGCUGAGGUGCCCUUCAGCUCGGACCGGAAGUAUAUGUCUGUCAGCGGCGUACACAUUGGCCCCUCUCCUGGUAUGAAUGGCUCGGCGGUCAAAGAAACCGGCCGCGAGAUGUACUACUUGAAAGGCUCGAUCGACGCUGUCCUGGAGCGCUGCAGGUUCUACUACGUCUCGGAUGAAUCGACCCCCGCUCUUGAUGCGAAUACGCGGAGCGUCAUCCUUUCCAAGGCGCAGACAACCGCUGCUCGCGGAUUACGCAUCAUCGCCAUCGCCUACGGCUUCGGAUCUGGCGAGGCCAAUUCGUCAGGUCCUGGCACCCGCUCCUCUACACCCAUCCAGUUCGCAUCGGAGAAGGACAAGUCGAAGAACAACCUCAUCUUUGUGGGCUUCCAGGCGAUGCUUGACCCUCCGCGGAAAGGCGUCGCAGAUGCGAUCGGGCUGUUGCAGAACGCGGGCAUUCAGGUGGUGAUGAUCACAGGUGAUGCGGAGGAGACAGCACUCUCGAUCGCAAGGACGCUUGGUCUCCGCGUCGGAGCGCGAGACAACUCUGCAUGCUUGACGGGCAAGGCGAUUGACAGGAUGACCCAGACGCAACUGAUGGAGCGCGUCGGGAACGUAAGCGUGUUCGCGCGGACGACGCCAAAACACAAGAUGGCGAUCGUAGAGGCGUUCCAGGCGAGGGGCGCUAUCGUGGCGAUGACGGGUGACGGAGUCAACGACGCCCCGGCUUUGAAGAUGGCCGAUAUCGCGAAGGAAGCGGCAGAUGUCAUUCUCGUGGAUGAUAACUUCAGCACUAUUCUGCCUGCAGUGGAAGAGGGCAAGUCCAUCUUCUACAACAUCCAGAACUUCCUGUCGUUCCAGCUCAGUACCGCUGUGGCGGCGCUCAGUCUCAUCACCAUGAGCACGUUCUUCGGUCUCAGCAAUCCCUUGAAUGCCAUGCAAAUCCUUUUCAUCAAUAUCCUCAUGGAUGGCCCACCAAGUCAGUCACUAGGCGUCGACCCGGUAAAUCAAGAAGUCAUGCGAAGACCACCGCGCAAGAAAGACGCGCCCAUUAUCUCGAAGCAGUUGACAUACCGGAUACUGUUUUCUGCGACGAUGAUCGUGGUUGGCACGAUGUACAUGUAUCUGUACGCUCUAUCAGACGACAACAUGUCAAGACGAGAACAGACCAUGACCUUCACGUGCUUUGUCUUCCUGGACCUCGUGUCUGCGCUGCAGAACCGGGGAUUGGGAUGCGGCAUCACACAAAACAGCAUGCUCAUUUCGACUGUAUCGAUAUCGUUCCUUGUGCAGCUGACCCUCAUAUACGUGCCUUUCAUGCAGAGCAUCUUCCAGACGGAAGCUCUGAGCAUGGCAGACAUUUCGCGACUACUCUUCAUCGCGGGUUUGUCGUUUGCUCUGCACGAAGGCCGACGACGUUACGAGCGAUCCAUAGAAGCGGAGCAGACAUACGCGGCCGUCACUGAAGAGCUAGCAUAACAUUCCAGGGUAUUCGCGGGCCCUUCAUGUAAUGGUAUUUAUCUAUAUUACUCGCACUGAUCACGACCGUGUAAUCUAUGGCUUGUAUGCACCACGUCGAGAAGAUGGCUAAUUCUGCGUUGCUCGUCUUCGCUCGCUG